AUGGCCAAGAAGGCCCGGACCUCGCGCCCGCGGCGCGCGGCCGCGCCCGCGGACGGCUUUGCCGCGCCGCCGCAAGAGAUGGACCUAGAGGAGGAGGAGCCGGCGCCGCGGCGACGCGCGGCGCCGCUCGUGCCACUCGAGCACGUGAUAGCCAAGUGCCCGCGCGCGGAGCUCGAGGAUCUGAUCUUGGCCAGCGCCAAAAAUAACGAGCCCGUGACGCGCGGGGACCUGGAAGCGGCGGCUGCGCGGCACGCGCCGCCGCCCAAGGCAGUCAUCGAGCUAGGCAACGAGCGCGAGGGCACGGGCGCCUUCGACGCGAUCGACACUCAGUGCUUGGGAGCAAUCCUGGAGCAGCUCACCACAUCGGACCGGCUGACGAUGGCGACGGUCGUAUGCAAGUCCUGGCGCCGGCUGCAAAUGGCCAAGGGCCUGUGGACAUCGUUCUGUCUGAACGAGGCGCCGCUCGUGCUGCAGGGCACGAAGGAGCCCGUGUGGGAGCCCGUCGCCGACGUGCUGCCGAACCACCGGUACGCGCGGCAGUACAGUCGCCUCCGCACGGGACCCGCGCUGCAGCUCCUGGACUGGGUCAUCGACAAGAACGCCGUCGUCGAGCUGGGCAUCUCGACGGGGAACGAUGCCCUGUCGGUUGGGGCAGUCAUGGCGGCCCUGCGCGCCUUCCCGAGCCUGCGAAAGCUCGCGCUCGACGGCAAGCAAAUUUUGGCGAAGGUUUUGAGGACGAAGUACCCGUGCCAGGCGACGCUCCGGACGCUCGUCGUGGGGACCUCGGUGCCAUCGGCCGGAAAGGGCGCCUUCGCGGCGUUUUUGGGUUGCUGCACCCGCCUCGAGACCCUUUGCGCCCCAGCCGAUCUGACCGCGUAUUCCUGCCUCGAGGCGGCCGCGGCGACCUGGAAGGCCUCGCGCGGCGGCGCGCCGCCGCUCCUCACGCAUUUGAAGCUCUAUGGCUACGCGGGCUACAACGCCGACCCGUUCGCGCUCCCAGCGGCCGUCGGCGACUGGUUCGCGAACCUCGAGAGUCUGUCGUUCUCGACGAAGACGUACGGCGACGGGCACCCUCCAGUCCCGACGUUCGCCAAGCUCCCGCGCCUGAAGCAUCUCCACGUCGGUCCUCUUGCCGGAUACGACUACCAUCUCUCCGACGAGGGGCUCUUGACGCUGGUCGCCACUCUGAUGCAGGCCGCGCCGAACGUCGAGCAUCUCUUCCUGCAGCACGGCAAGGCGUGGGGGUCCGGCGACAACACGGGCGACCUCCCGAAGCUCAACGGCGCCCUCGCACGCCUGCCUUCGACGCUCACGACGCUCGACCUGAUGAAUGUCGUGUUGCAGGCGAAGGACUUCGACGAACACUCGCUGAAGGCCCUCCGCCUCCGCGACUGCGAGAUAUUCGAGGAGGAUAUGAUUUUCGGCGAAGGCGACGGCAAUGCGGCCCUCACCCACCUCGAGUCGGCCUGGGGCAUCGAGACCGACGAAGUUCCGUGGCCGGAGCCGGAGGAGGAGUGA